CGGCUCUCUUGGUAGUCGUUCCUGUUUCCGACCGGACGUAUUUUCAUAGCAACACAGCUGCCAUGGACGCUGUAUCCCAGCGUGUUUUGGAUUAUUUGACAGAAGUUGAGGAGGCAGCUGAGGAUGUCCUCGCCACUAAACAACAGAUAGUGGACCUGGACACAAAGAGAAACAGGAACAGAGAGGCACUGAACGCACUGAAACAUGAAGUGCCAGAUUCAGAGAAAGUGAAGGUUUGCUUCGGAAACAUGUUCAUCAAACUUCCCAAAUUGAAGACAAGAGAGAUGAUUCAGAAAGACCAAGAGCAGCUGGACAAGGAGAUAAAUGACCUUCGCAAAGGACUGAAAGCAAAAGUCAAUCGUCUCAAUGAGAUGCAAGGAAAACCUGAGCUGAGAGGCUACAAUCUUUCUCCUCUGUCAACGGAUGAAGUCAAAGCUAUUAACAGCCUUCUAAAGAGAUGACACGGACUCUGCAAAGUGCUGAAUAUUUCUGAGGACAUAAGGACAAAGAAAACAUGUUGACUAGAUGCCAAAGAGCCUCACCUGCGAGUCUCGGCUGGGGUACCAUAACAUGCUAACCUCUGGAUGCUCUGAUAUUUUUACUAAAUUACCCGCCUGGAUAGUCGACAUCUUUAUAACCUUUAGGAUGUUUUUUUAAAUUCUUUCAAAUAAUGUAACUGAAAAACUACUCUUUAUUGCAACUUGGGUUUUAUUUUCGCAGCUCCAUCAGGCCAUCAGCUUAAACAGUUAUGAGAGCAUUGUACUCACCAAAACUAGCCAACAUCUCAGAAUUUCACAGGAAAACAUGCACAGUAGGUAAAGCAGGUUAAAGAAGAACCUUGGCUUUACUUUUGUUUUCUCUUCCAAGUAAGUUUGUCUGUUGGUAACCUUUUGGCUUCGACUGUCUGAUUGGCUGGUUCCUGCACCAUUGCACCUGUUUCAGUGAUGUCACCAUGUUCCCUGAUUUCAGGAGUAAAUUUUGAUGUGUAUUAUAUAACUAGUAGAACAGAGGGGCCAGAGCUGUGAAGAUAAAACCCAAGUUGAAAUAAACUGUAGUUUAUAGUGCAGUGUUGAAAAAAAUAUAAAGGCCCACUGCUCUGUGGGAUUGGAAAGGGGGGAUUGCUUGACAUGAUGUAUAUUUGAGUGAGAAUUUAGCCUGUGUAGUUGGUGAAUGGCCACAAGGUGGCAGAAGGACAAAGCCUUGAUUCACUCACAGCCUCCGCAGGCUCACAACUCCUGGCAUUAAUGCUGCUCUGAUUAUAAUGGGUCAUCUAAGACACAACAGAAUUGGUUUUGUAAGUUAAACACAAUCCUUAAACUUUACAGUAGUCCACUGUGUUUACUAGUGCAUAAUGGGGAAAUGUAAAUGUGUGCAUAUUGUUUGUACCUUGUUUUGGUCAAGUUUUUGUACUUUAUUUACCACCAUGUCUAUAAAUGCAUCUAAGAUGCUUAUUAUUUUG